AUGGCAGCAGAUGCACUCUCUGCUCUUUUUCUGAUCAUUGUUACGAUAUUCAUUCCCCCUUUGGGAGUCUUCUUUAUUAGCGGUUGCUCUCCAGACCUUCUCAUCAACAUCUGUCUCACACUUCUUGGAUACUUUCCUGGUCAUAUCCAUGCUUUCUACUGUGAAUAUGCCUACUACGAUCGGCGUGCAAGGGGCCAACAGGGGCGCAUGGCUUGUUCCCCUGCCCCAGGCAUUUUCUCGAAGAGAAUCCAAAAUGGCGGCGACGUGACGGCUGAGUACUAUUACCCUGCUCCACCUGCUCAGACACCCGCGACAGUGGCCCCAAACUCGCCGUAUUCUCUCCCCCAAGUUCCCCCAACGCAACAAGAGUCAGGGUGGACCCGUUAA